AUGGAACUGGACGUACCGUCGGUGGAAAGCGACGCGAGCCUCAGCAAAACAGACACUGCAAGUGAUACUGAAGAUAUCACUCAACCAGGUAUGUAUUUUCAAGGCUGGUUAAAGUUAUUAUUACAACUACUGUAUCACUGCACGCUUGUGCGAUGUCCUGUUUGUCAACCGCUUGAAUAGACGAUUUUAGUAUGCUGCCCUUUGAGUGAACAUGAGGCUGAGCCGGUUGCGCUUGCUUUGAGUCAAACCUCUUGCUUUUCUUACGUAAAUUAUGCUAAAAAAAUACAAGUUAGCUUUAGAACAACACGGAGAGUUGUAUCAAAACAAGGUCAACUCCAGCCUCGUUUCCAUCCAUAACUGUCUGCAUGAUCUGGGACAGGCAGCAUGAGGGGAGGGGGGAGGGAGCUUUCGGAUUGUUAAUGGAAUGCUCACCAGAGUAACAUUUCUUUAGUGCAAAUGAGGGUGGAAGGAAUGUUAUUUAUGGUAGAAGGCCAUAUCAUAAGCACUAAGCAACACCUAAUUUGUAGUUUCACCUAAAUUUCUCAUGAAAAUGGUUUUUGUAGGCAGGCAUGGAAAUGCUAUUCAACAAGUCAUCCACAUACCGUCAGCUUCAGAUAACAACUCCAGACCCAUAGGAAUAACAGUGCAGCGUAGAUAUUCCUCUUCUGAGGAAUCAGACAACGAAAUUACAGUUGAAGAUGACAGCAGGGCUGCAGGAUACAUCAAUGGUAAGUUUGCUAUAAAAAGGGAUGAUACCCCUUAUAUAAGCCCUUAAUCCUUUGUUUCAAACUCGUCCGUACCCUAAAACAAAGGGAAAGAAAAUUUAAACAAGGAUAAAAUUAAACCACAACAUAUGCAUGUGCUUUAUUUACUCGCAGGUUUUUUGUUUCAAGCUGAAUAAACCUAUCUGUGACCAGUACAAUCACAUGACUGCAGUUUUGGGGGAUGCUCAUCAAUUGUUUGUUGUUUUUGUGGGGGUAAAAAAAGUGGUGGUUCACAGAAAAAGGUUCUCAGGUUACUGUUGCCAAGAACCAGUGAUAAACUCAACUUAAUUACCAUAUUUACCCAUGGAUAGGCCACACUUUUUUCUCCUGAAAAAAUGGGACUGAAAUUAGUGUUGCGGCCUAUACGCGGGUACAAGCAUUUUGACACCUCAUUAAUAUGCAAGAGAUCUCACGGUCGUACACUAAAUUGGCGUUUUAAUGUUCGCUUUCAAUUGUUACUAACUUACAACACAUACAACUAAACACUAAGUCCAUAUCUUCUAAGAAUCUUGAUUUUGUCUUUAAGUAUUCUGUACAUAAAAUGUUAGUGAAAAGGCGUUUCAGUUUAUAGUUUGAAUAUUUUCACGUUCAUGUAGUAAUUAUUGUCAAAAAUGAAUUUGUUGUUGAUUUCAAACUCUGGUUUAUUUAUCCUGGUACUUGACCUCACUAUUUUUUUUUUCCAUGAAAACUAUUGAAAGUUUGGGGUGCGGCCUAUAUGCGGGUAAAUACGGUAUGUAUUAUAUUUUGCACCUAUAUUUUUUGUAGAAUCCAGAGGUAAGUACUAGCAUAGCUGUUUGUCCAACCAACUGUACCCUCCAUUCUGUUCUAUUCUUAGUACUUUUCAAUGAUGUUACUUUGUUUUGAUCAGGUUUGGCCCCACCUGAAGUGCUACUGAAGAACUACAGAAGGCAAGCACGUGAAUUUGCAAACAUGGGAGAUGAGAGAGCUGUGUAUGAUCGUGUGCGCUGUGUGGCCUUAACUAGAAUUAUUUAUGGAGACAAUCACUGGAAGCUGGCAAAAGCUUAUUCCAAGUUGUCACAGGCAUAUCUUGAAAUAAGAGGUAGCUAGGUAUAUUUAGUACAAUACAUAUGUAAGUAGUUUGUAAUUAAACUUCAGCCGACUCCCGAUAACUUGAACCAUCUAGGGGAAUGGAAAAAAGUUUGAGUUAUCUGAAGUUUGAAGCAAAUAACUGGAAAAAGGAAAUAAGCAAAUGGAUGGCGAGGGAAUGCAAGUAUCGUGCACACUUCACUUCAAGGGCAGUAAGCUGGGAUAAAGAUUGACAUUUUAACAAAGGAAUUAAGCAACAAAGCUUACAGCCCUGGAUGGACACUGAAUUUGAACUAGAGUGACAAAAAAGUAAAAACGAAUAUUUGGCACAGUUGUUUUUGAAAUAUAUCCAAUGUUUUGACUUCAGUACACUGUUUUUUUUUACAACUUGUCACACACUGAAAACAUAGUUUGAGUUAUCAAGGGUAAAAUUACAGUGAAGGAAAUCCAGGGGAAAUUAACUAUUCAUGUAGUUCGAGUAAGUGAGGGUUCGAGUUAUCAGGAGUCAACUGUAAUAGGUUAUGGGACAAGCCAUCAAAAUAGACAGAGAAAGACUUUUUAAUCCUGUCACUGAUUAAACUUUCAAUACCCUACAGUCAAAUUUGGAGGAGACAGCGUGACCAAGUGGUCAGUACAUUGGAUUCAAAAUCCAGUUCUCCUGGUUUCGAGACCCUCUCUAGCCACUUGCUGGAUUUGUUCUCUGUUGUCCCAAGUUAAAGCCCUUGACAACCCUUUUAAAUAGCCAACUGGUUGCCAGUUGGGUUUUUUAAUUCUGAACAUUUAUAUUAUGUUUGAAUUAUUUGUUUCAAAUUAUUUGAGUGGAGUGCUUGUAAACUAGCUGGAUAGUAGGGCGAAGUGCACUUUUUACCAGAAAAAAUCCUUUCACCUUUGACCUUUAAAUUUGCAAAAUUUGCACCAGAAGCAGAUGCAACCACCUGUCAAAAGGUUGAUCAUUGGGGACCAAUUCUAGUGAAAAUGUUUAAACUAUCACCUGAAGCUGAUCUUAGUUGUUUAGGUUCCAGCAUUUUUUUCAAGGGGGAAGCUCAUGUCAAGAGGUGGUUGUGUGUAAGUGGUGGAAAGACAUGAAAGUUUUUGGCAUAUUCAUGAUAUUCAUAUAGUCAAAUUUCCUUAAUACAGACACUAAAGGGACACAUCCAAAUGUCCAUUAUACAGAUCAGAGGUGUCAAUUUGUUCUAGGAACAGCUUUGAUUCUCAUUUUUGGAAGCAGGAUAACUGCCCAUAAUUAAGGGGUGUCUGGAUUAUGGAGGAAUCUUUAGCAGGAGUUCUUCAUAGAAGUACUUAUUCAAGACUCAGCUUAUCACAAUUUUGGCUCUUGUUUUUUUUUUCAUAGGAUUGGCUCAACAAGCCCUGUUGCAUGCUGGAAAUGCACGUGAUGUGUUACUAGCAGCAGAUGCAGCUAAGCAACAAGGCAGACAAGUUUACGAGAGAUCAGAUGUUUUACCUGUCAUGGAGUUAAUAUACCUCACAAUGGGCCAGGCUCAGCUUGCCUUGAAGAAGUAAGUUGUGAAAACCCUCUGAAAUUUAACUCCAGACCUGAACAAUAAACCAUGGAGUUCAGGCCACCCAAACUCACAUGACAAGGAAGUGUGAUGUGUAGUGAUAUGAAAAAUUCUUCCUUGUGGGGAAGAUUUGCUCAGAGGUACAUGUUUUAGUUACUCAUACUGGAUGGGUGAGGUUGCAUUAGGGUCAAGGUUUUAUAGAGGUUGAAGGACUUAAGCUGUUGAAAAACAUUUGAAUCCCUCUUCCAAAACACUGCUGCCACCACCAUGCACCACCACUGUUGCUGCUGUGAUGUACCACUGCAUUCAGGUGUCUCUCAGAGAACUUCCCGGAAAGGUCCAGUGGUAGGCAACUGAAUUAUCAAUAUCAUGCCGUGGAAUCCAGAAAUGUUUUCGCAAGUAAAAUUGACUUGGUUACAUGCACUGCAGUAGGACGUUUGAUUACCAUCUGUUUCAAUAAGCAUGCAACACUGAAAUAGAUACUGUUGCUUCAUACAAAACUAAAGGUUUUUGGUAGAGGCUUUUUAUCUGAAACAGUUCCCAAAACAAUUUUUGUUCAAACUAAAGAUGUUAAAAACGUUGGUAGAAGCAAUGUAAUUUCCUUUUGUUUUAUAUAGCACUCAGAAGGCAGAGCACACCUUAAAAAAAGCAGAAGUAGUAUCAAGAGAAAGAGAAGAACUUGGAUUUGAAUACCGUGAUCCGCAGAGGAGACUCCAAAUACUUAUGUCACUUGGGCGGGUCAGUCUGAAGGCUCACAAGACGGGAUAUGCUUUGGAGUCUUUUGAAAAGGUACAGUAUCGUAUGAUUGUUAUCUGACCGUGUACUCUAGAUAUUGUAAGAUCUGUUUUUUACGACUUUACCCUUCUUUACUAUGAUCCGCAUCAAGCACUUCCCAAGGGAAAAAAUCCCGGAAAUUCCCGUCGUCAAAAUUGACUCCAGUAUUGAUUGCGAGACAGAAAAACGCCCUAUAAACGAAGAAUAUCGAUGCAAAUCAAGUCGAUAAGUUAACACAUAAUUUGACUUAUAACAAGAUUGCAAAAAAUACCUAAUCCAUUGCUCUGGCAUAGAAGAGCAAACUAAUUAUGUCAUCGCGCGUGAAUAAUUUCACGCACGAGGGAGGAGACACACGGAGGCAACUGAGACAAAAACUCAUAUUACUGUAAUUUUAAAGUCGAAAACUUCGAUCUCACACCACGGACCAAUUUCUUAAACCGUGAGGAAAAAUGUACGCCAUUACAGCCAGAACUUACACAUUCGUGAGAAAUUUAUAAAGUAAAUAAACUAGACUAGAACCAACUCGAGAAAAGAAAAGUCCUUUGAGUGAUAGUACUUCCCUCCCACGGAAAUCUUUGGAACUUCUUCGGAAUUGAUCGGAAUACUUUUCAGGAUGAAAAAACUGAUGCCUCAAAAUGUUGGCAGGUUUUUUUUUCCUGAGAAAUUCCAAAUAAUCAUGGGUCCUUUGUUAUUAUCUUCAUCAUCAUCAUUAUUAUUUCUGAUUGGUUUUUCCAACUUUGUGUUUAUUUCUUAAGGCACUCGAAAUUGCCCGGACACAGUACGGUGAAGGUUAUCAUAAUCAGUAUCAGUACAGGGGCGGAUCUAGGGGGAGGGUGCCGGGGGUGCGCACCCCUCCCCUUCGAGAUUACCUGCGGUUUUCUAAUACAACUGGUAUUCUGCACAAAAAAAACUAUGUGGUUUAUUGGUGUUGAAGUAGAGCAAGAGACGAGUGCACCCCCUCCUAAAAAAAAUCCUGGAUCCGCCCCUGCAGUAUCAUCAUCACCUUCACUGUCGUCCUCCUCCUCCUCCUCCUCCUCGUCAUGAUCAUCAUUAUCGUCACUAUCAUCAUCAUUAUAAUUAACGAUUGGUUUUGCCAACUUUCUGUUUAUUUCCUAAGGCACUAGACGUUGCCCAGACACAGUACGGUGAAGGCAGUAAAGAGCUUAUUCCCAUUUACCAGUGUUUAGCCCGAGCAGAAAGUAGCCAUGGUGAUUCAUCCAGCCAUGAAAGGGCCACAAAACAUCUGUUAAAAGCCCAUGAUAUAUGUAUAUCAAGGUAGUGGCUUUCAAAUCGUAUGCACGUUGUUGUGAAAAUUCCAUUAUCCUGCGACUUUGUGAUUUGCGGUGCAAUUCUGUUUUUUUAUUUCACUGUUUAAGUUUACUUUAGCACAAAUGGGCAGUUUUUUCUCUUAAAUUAAUAAGAGUUACCUCUGUAAUUAUACAAAGACAGUUUUAUGUGCGACUGGCUCUAUUGAACAGACAAAAAAGAGAGUUACCUAUUGCAAGCAAAGAAGAGAGAGGUCUAACUUUAUUUGUUAUACUUACUUUUACUAGCACCAGGAGCCUAUGAUAGCCUCCUGCUAGAACUUAAUUUCGCGAAAAUGUAGUCCUAUACAAUUGGCAAAAUUCUUUAGACUUAAGUUUCGCGAUUUUAGCAAGAAAUCGUGUUGAAAGGAAGAAAAAAAAAAUUUAAAAAAAAUUGCUGAAGUCGUCCGAAUGAGGACACAGCUCUUUUCACUAUAGGCCAGGCCACAGCUUUGAUUUCAGCAUUUUCGAUUGUGAUAAAACACCAGCUUAUGAAUGUAAGUUUGUUAGAGUGGAUCGCCAGAAACUUUUUCCCAACAAUUCAGCGCUCAGGAGAAAAUUGUAGGUUUUCCACAUAUAAUCAUGAUUCCCGGCAUGUAACCACUCUGAAUAGCUAGCAUUUUCCGUUUACAUGUUUCCAGUUCCACUUCACUCCUCCAUUCGGUAACAUGGCUGUCAACCCUCUACGUCUUCAAAUGUUCAGAAUUGAUUCGGAAGGAAGGAUAGACGACAUGAUAACGCACGGCACAUGACGUCAUUUGUGCAAAAAAAAAAGACAUUGACUCCGAUGGUCGCGAAUUUGCGAUGGCACAAAGCGCGCGAAAAAAAAUGUCGUUGGCUUUGUAACAUUUGACCUGGUUGGUUAACUACCUACCAAUCACAUAAUUGCUAAUAUUACAAUGGCAUACCGGAGUUUAUGAGGAAAUGUCGAUGUUAACAGUAAAUUAGCUCAAACAAUGCAAAAUAUUUGAAAUUUUCUUGUCGGAAAGUGAGUCAAGAAAUGGCGAUUAUCCAGGAGAUUUCAGACUCUAAUCUGGAGACCGGAAGAUAAUCUGGAGUCUCCCGGACUACCCUGUAGAGUUGGCAGCACUGCGGUUAUCCUGUCACCACGGAGUUGGAUUGUGGGUACGUACAAUGGCAAACGUUAUUGUUUUGUUUACAUUUUUAUCCUAUUUCUUGGCAGG